UCAUCAACCGAGCCAGCCAGCCAGCCACGCCUCCCGCCUGCCACCCGUGUCCUCCCUGCAUGCGCGAAGCAGGUGAGACUUGACGCAGGGAGAGGAGACACAGAGCAGGCAGCCACGCUCCCCCCAUGGCGCCCUCAUAAGACGAGGAGGCGGUGGACCAGUUCGUUCGCGUUGCCCGCGACUCUCUCCUCCCUCCCUCCCACCCGACUCCCACACGCCUAGCGCGCGCGUGCUUCCACCCGUCCGUUGCCUCGUUGAUUGGUUUCGUUGGCCCGGCUCCAGCAAUGGCGGUGCAGGCGCAUUAUCACCACCGCCACCACCACCGCGAGUCCCCGUUCCUCGCCAGCAGAGGCGGCGGCGCGCCGGAGAGCAGCCGGAUGGCGGCGGCGAUGGAGCUGCAGCAGGGGCAGAAGGAGGCGAUGGCGCCGCAGCAGGCUCCGCCGCUCUUCCUGGACUUCUCGCAUGGAGAUUGCGGCGCCGGGAGGAAGCGGCAGCGCGAGGCGGAGGCGGCGCCUUCCAUGUCGCCGCACCUCUUCUCGUUGCAACCGCAACCGCAGGCGCAGGGGCCCAAGGUGAUAAGCCUGGCGCAACUGCACAAGCGGCCGGCGAUGGGGCUCAGGCUCGACUUCGACGAGGGCUCCGAGCACGUGUCGUCCACGUCCUCGGCCUCGCCGUCGUGUCUCCUCUCCGACGAGCUCGCCGCGCAGCGCGAUCAGCACAGGAACGAGAUGGACCGGCUGAUCCAAGAACAUGCGGAGAGGCUCCGGCGCGCUCUGGCUGACGCUCGGCGGCGGCAGUACCGCUCGCUGCUCGUCGCGGCCGAGGCGGCGGCGUCUCAGCGGAUUAGGGAGAAGGAGGCGGAGGCCUCGGAGGCCGUGCGGCGUGGCGCCGACCUGGAGGACCGGGUGGCGCGGCUGCGGGCGGAGGCGGCGGCGUGGCAGGCGAAGGCGCUCGCGGACCAGUCCACGGCCGCGGCGCUCCACGCGCAGCUGCAGCAGGCGGCGGCCGCGGCUCAGGCGAGGGGCAAGGCCGAGGAAGAGGAGGACAACGCGGGCGCGGCGGCGGACGACGUCGGGUCGUGCUUCGUGGACCCGGACAGAGUGGUGGAGAUCGCCCCGCCGCCGCCGCCGCCGGCCAGGCCGUGCCGGACAUGCCGGCGGGCGUCGGCCUCCGUCGUGCUGCUCCCGUGCCGCCACCUCUGCGUCUGCGCCGACUGCGAGCCCGCCGUCCCCGCCACCGCGCCCUUCGCCGCCGGCGCCGUCGCGGCGGCCUGCCCCAUGUGCCGCGGCGCGGUCACCGGCACGGUCCAAGUGUUCUUCUCGUAGCUCCAUUAGGAAAAAGGAGAAAACGAUUGGUACUCCUGCCAAAAUGCGUACUUGAAAUGGCCGAUGAAAACGAUGGAAAAUUGUGUAGAGUUUAUUACUUCUCUCUUUUUCCCAUUUGUUCAUUAAUCCCUCUAUUAGGAGUAUUAGUUCAAUCUAGUUCUAGCACUAGUAUCCUGCUGUCUUUUGCCUUUGUUCUUGUGGAUUUCUGGAAGGCAUUGCUCGAUCAUUGACCGGCAGUACAUUUUGGAAGGCAAUGAUGCUGUCAGCAUGCGAUUUUUCACUUUUUGCCGCCUGAUUAAUGACUUUCCCAGUACA